AAAAGCGUGCUGUCAAUCGGUUGGUGGCCGAAGAACUGCUGGCUGGAAUAUCUUUCUCCUUCCAAAGUAUCUUUUUUCACGUGGCGACCGGAGCGGAUUUAACCAAACUUGCUUUUAACUCUCUUUAUCCAACGUCUAAAAUUAACGUGAAAAAACAAAAUGAAUAAAUCGCCAUGGAUUUCGAAUUAACGGAAAAGUUUGUGUCUUGAAUGAAGAAGUGUUUUGUUUAGAAGAAAUAACUGGAUUAUAAAAAAAAUUCAUCGUUAAUUUGAAAAUUUUGUACAUGAUUCUUUAAUUGUGGAAAAAUCAAGAAAAGGUUGAAAUCUUAGGACUCGUGAAUUACAUUGGAUAUAAAUAUCAUUUCUCACAUUAAAAAAGUGUUUGUUAAUCUUUGGAAAUAACGAAACAUAUCACAAAAAAUAUAUCAAUACUACAGUGGAUCAGAGUCAUAAGACGACUGUGGUUUCCCUUUGCUGAAAUAUAAAUUCCUGUAUUUUUGAAUAUUUUGAGAGAAUUAUUUGACAAAAGAGAGAAAAUUCACUUUAUACAUUCUCUUACAAAAAUAGAACUUGUUAAGGACUUUGCUGUACUUCACCAAUACAUAUCAAUUGUUUCUAAUAACUGCUGUGAAGAUAAAGAAAAGACAUGGCUAAAGUCAUCAUCAAAUCAAUUGAACAUCCUUUGAGCAUGUUUUCACAGAUGUUUUUUCGUCUUGGAUGGUUUUUUGCAUCGCAUCCUUGGGAAGUCAUUGCCUUGUUCUUCAUAAUAAUCCCAUCUAAAUUUUCAUUAAAUGCCCAGUUAGCUCAUUCCAGAGUCCCAGAAUAUGAAUAUUCUGAGGAAAACAAAGGAGUAGAACUAGUACUAUUAACAAUUGCAAGAUGUGUUGCAAUCUUAUAUUGCAUUCACCAGUUCUUGAAACUCAACAGCUUAGGAUCAUCUUUUCUAGUUGGAAUUGGUGGACUUUUUGCUGUUUUUUGUGUAGUGCCAUGUUUAGUAUUCAGCAUAAACCUAGCAAAUUUGUGGGAGGCUGAUUUCACAGAGCUAAACAAGGCUUUACCUUUUUACUUCUUACUGAUGGACAUAACAAAAGCUGGUCUACUUGCACAGUUUGCUCUAAGCUCUUCAACACAGGAAGAAGUAAGAGAAAAUAUUGCUCAAGGAAUGUCAAUUAUUGGGCCCACUAUCACUCUCGACACAAUUGUUGAAACGCUAGUCAUUGGAGUUGGUACUCUUUCAGGUGUUAAACGAUUAGAAGAACUCUGCAGAUAUGCUUGUAUCUCAGCUGUCGUCAACUAUUUUGUUUUCAUGAUAUUUUUCCCUGCAUGUUUAUCCCUUAUUCUUGAGUUGUACCGUGACAGAGAUGAAGGAAGACCAGUAUGGCAUCUCAGCACUUUGACAAGAAUCUUGCAGCAGGAAGAAGAACAAAAACCAAAUCCAGUCUUGCAACGUGUAAAAGUUAUAAUGUCAGCUGGUCUUGUGGUUGUCCAUGCCCAUAGUCGAUGGCCUGUUUUGAUUGCCAGUAAAGCACUUCAAGCCUCUAAAGCUAGUUCAGCUGAUUUUGUUACUCAACCUUCAAAUUGGGAUAUUUACAUGCAAAAGUGGUUUGGAAGUGCAGAACAAGUUGUGAUUGUUGCAUUUAUGUGUAGUUGUGUUUUCAUGUAUCAUUAUCUGGAAUCUUAUGAAGAUCUCAGAGACUCUCUUGCUAAUGCUGCCAUUGCAUCACCAUCAAAGCGUUCACUUUCUUCAUAUCAGAGCUCCAUCGCUCCUCUCACCACAUCUGAAACUCUUUCUUGCGGCAGCCAAGAAAUAUCAAAGUUAUCACCUGUCAAAUCUUCCACUCACUUUGAUGUGAAACAGUCAACUAGAGAAGUUUCCUUCACUGUUGGACCUUCCGAAGAUAAGAAGUCUUCCACCGCCGAUAAGCCAACACAAACAGAAGGUUUUCCCGAACCAAGUGAAGGAGAAGAUGCGGAUGAUGAUGUUUUCCCCCCUGUUGUGCGCACCCUUGAAGAAUGCAAAAAAGUUCUUGCUUCUGAGGCUGGGGGUGCUGGUCUUACUGAUGAGGAAUUAGUUAUUUUAGCUGAUAAAAGACUCAUUCAGCCUCAUAAAUUGGAAAUUAUUGUGAAGAAUCCCAAAAGAGGUGUGAUACUCCGUAGAAAACUUUUUAACAAACAAGCAAAACGAGGUCGGAUAUUAGAAUCUCUACCGUAUGAUAAUUAUGAUUAUAAAAUGGUUAUGGGAUCAUGCUGUGAAAAUGUGAUUGGAUAUGUGCCUAUACCAUUAGGAGUUGCAGGGCCACUACAUCUGGAUAAUGAAGAACUGUAUGUUCCCAUGGCAACAANUCUUGGUUUUUGGAAAGGUUAUACAUUGUGUUUUUUGUCAGGCGGAGUAAGAAGUUGCCUAUUAGGAGACGGCAUGACUCGAGCACCAGUGAUUGAAAUGCCUACUGAAAUUGAAGCUGGUCACAUUAAACAGUGGGUUGAGAAAAAAGAAAAUUAUGAAGUUUUAAAAGCAGCCUUUGAUUCUACAAGUCGGUUUGCUCGGCUGCAAAGUUUGGAAGUACAAACUGCUGGUCGUCUUGCAUUUUUACGAUUUAAAGCCACUACAGGAGAUGCCAUGGGAAUGAACAUGCUUUCAAAGGGUUCUGAUGAAGCUUUAAAUAAGUUGAGAGAAAUUUUCCCAACUGUUAAUGUUUUGAGUCUUAGUGGAAAUUAUUGUACAGAUAAAAAGCCAGCAGCAAUCAAUUGGAUUCAAGGUCGUGGAAAAGAAGUAGUGUGUGGUGCCCAAAUACCAGCCAAAGUUGUCAGAGAGGUUUUAAAAACUGAUGUCUCAUCUUUGGUAAAAUUGAAUAUAACGAAAAACCUCAUUGGUUCUGCUAUGGCAGGAAGUAUAGGUGGAUUUAAUGCUCAAGCAGCAAAUAUUGUUACGGCCAUUUAUCUGGCUACUGGUCAGGAUCCUGCUCAAAACGUAACCAGUUCCAACUGCCUGACACAGAUGGAAGUUUGGGGAGAUGAUGAGAAAGAUCUCUAUAUCAGCUGCACAAUGCGAUCAAUAGAAGUGGGCACAGUUGGUGGAGGAACUUUCUUACCUGCUCAAUCCUCUUGUUUAGAACUUUUAGGGGUAAAAGGUUCGUGUGAGGAAAGCCCUGGUGGGAAUGCGUCUAAACUAGCAAGAAUUGUUUGUGCUACCGUUCUUGCCGGAGAACUGUCUCUAAUGGCGGCUCUUGCUGAAAACCAUCUUGUGCAAUCACAUAUGACUCAUAAUAGGUCUUCUGUUAAUAUUGCAUCAGCCGUACCUCGAUCUUCAUUAGAUAUCUCAUCCAAUGUUAUAUCAAGAUAGCAAAAGCUAUUUACAACACAGACUUAAAGCCAAAUCUCAAAGUUUUCUUUUUCAAUACAAGACUGCCAAAUGGGCAUUAGGAAACAGAAUGAUGUUCAAAUCAGUGAUAAGACAGCUACAGUUGACGAGUUUUGUUCCAAACUUAAAUAAUAAUUUCCUUAGUUGAGUGAGCACAUUUUUUUUUACCAUCAAAGUAUACAAGCUUUUUUUUUAUUGUUAGAGAAAAGAAAUCAUUUGUAAAUAGGAAGUUGAUGAUAAAAAUAGAGCUUAAUGUAUGAUUUACAAAUGUAAAAUAAUCUAUUUAAUUAAUGUAAAAUAGUUUAUUGUGUAUUAAAGGAGUGUUUUUUAA